AAUGACCACUGACUGUACGGUCCGGGCUUCUGAAGGGUGAGACAGAGAUUUUACCUUGAAACGUUCCCAACAUGACAACGAGAUUACGACCAGCCAGCAAGAAAUGCACUGUGAUCGGCGGCAGCGGCUUUCUGGGGCAGCACAUGGUGGAGCGUCUGCUGGACAAAGGAUAUUCCGUCAAUGUGUUUGACGUCCGGAAAGGAUUUGAGAACGAGCAUGUGCAGUUCUUCAUCGGUGAUCUCUGCCGCAAACAGGAUUUGUUACCGGCGUUACAAGGCGUGAACGUCGUGUUUCACUGCGCAUCGCCGGCCCCUUCCAGUGACAACAAAGAAUUGUUUUACAGAGUCAACUUUACCGGAACAAGGACAGUCAUUGAAGCCUGCAAAGAAGCUGGCGUUCAGAAACUAGUACUUACAAGCAGCGCCAGUGUCAUCUUUGAAGGCACGGACAUUAAGAAUGGGACAGAGGACCUUCCUUAUGCCAGUCAACCCAUUGAUUAUUAUACCGAGACUAAGAUCCUUCAAGAGAAGGAGGUUCUAAGCGCUAAUGAUCCAGCAAAUAACUUUUUAACUGUUGCUAUCCGGCCUCAUGGGAUAUUUGGACCAAGAGACCCACAGCUCGUUCCUAUACUCGUGGAGACGGCUAAAAGUGGGAAGAUGAAAUUCAUGAUUGGAAAUGGGAAGAAUUUAGUAGACUUCACGUUUGUGGAAAAUGUGGUCCAUGGACACAUUCUGGCAGCAGAACACCUCCAGAAAGACUCGCGGCUGUGCGGAAAGGCCUAUCACAUCACAAACGACGAGCCGAUCCCAUUCUGGACGUUCUUGUCCCGCAUCCUAGUUGGUCUGAACUAUGAUGCACCCAAGUAUCGCAUUCCUUACUGGCUGGCUUAUUACCUUGCUUUUUUUGUGUCGCUCUUGGUGUUACUAAUAAGUCCUCUGGUUAAAGUCAAGCCAACAUUUACUCCCAUGAGGGUUGCCCUGGCCGGGACCUACCACUACUACAGCUGCGAGAGAGCCAAAAAAGACAUGGGCUACAAGCCAGUAGUCAGCCUAGACCAAGCGAUAGAGAGGACCGUCCAAAGUUACUCCCAUCUAAGAAAAACAUCUUAAACUAUACGGCACAUUCAGAUAUUUAAUUUGAAGUCUUAUGGAACCAGUGUCCUAAAAAAAAAAAAAAAAAAAAAAAAAGCAGGGACAAAAGACUUUUUAGGAUGGCUCUUUAUUGUUUUCUUUUAGCUAAGUGACACUUUAAUGACAGCAACUGUUAAUUUAUGUUGUGGGGGCAUUCUGGAACAUCACUAAACCAGUGCUAUCGCUGUUAAUAAAUUGCUUUACUACAAAA